AACAACUACUAACGUCAAACAAGACUGACGAUAUAUAUGAUUUUGUAAGGUAAUGAAUUAGCAAGUUUUCUCAAACCAAGAGACAGGAUCUCAUGAUUCCUUGGUAUUAGUGACUGGAGCGUCGGGUUACAUCGCAUCACAUUGCGUUCGCCUACUACUGAAUUAUGGUUAUCGUGUGAGAGGAACAGUAAGAAGUUUGAAAAAUGAGAAAAAGGUGGCACCGAUUCGAAGACUUCAGCAGGACGGACGGCUUGAAUUGAUCGAAGCAGAUCUGAUGAAUGGAGAAUGUUGGAAAAGUGCUGUCUCCGGCUGCCAGUACAUCCUGCACGUUGCCUCUCCGUUUAUGAUCGUACCUGAUGCUAGUUGUGUGGAUAUCGCCGUCACCGGUACACUCAAUUUACUACGAGCGGCGUCCAAAGAGUAUUCGGUUAAAAAAGUCGUACUUACGAGCAGUUGUACAGCUGUGAACGAAGGUCAUCCCCAGGACAAAGUGUUCGAUGAGACUUCUUGGACAGAUGUCACCAAUCCCGAUGUGGAUUACUACUCGAGAAGCAAAACACUGGCUGAAAAAGCUGCAUGGGAUUUCAUACAUUUCAGAUUCGCACUGACAACACUUAAUCCUACAUUUGUGGUCGGUCCUUUGUUAAUCGACGAAGAAGGCGCAAGUAUCUCGUUGAUGCGACGAUUUCUCAACCGUGAAAUGCCAGCCAUUCCAGAGUUGAAUCUGGCAUGUGUGGACGUUCGUGAUGUGGCGAAAGCUCACGUCGAAGCGAUGCGUCGACCAGAAACCGAUGGCGAGCGUAUACUAAUAACAAGCCAACCAUCGUUCUUCUUUCGCGACAUUGCUCAAGUACUUGGCAGAGAAUUCAGACCUCAAGGGUAUUGGGUGCCGUAUUACCAAGUUCCUUACUGGGUACUCUGGUUAUACUCGUUUUUCGACAAGGAAGCUGCAGCCACGCUCAAACGUGUUGGCAACAUAGCUCGCUUCGACAACUCAAAGGCGAAGCGCCUUCUUGGGCUUGAGUUCAGCGAUCCAGCAAAAGCAAUGGUCGAAAUGGGUUAUGCGCUUAUUGAACGCGGAAUUGUCAAAAAACGUCCGGGAUACAAAGGAGUACCGGAGCAGUAUAAGCCGUGGAUUUAUACUAAUAUCAAUGACGGUUGUUAA